UGUUAUAUCACAUGUGCUGUUGACAUUUCUUGACUGUCAAAUUUCACAAUAACGGAGCAAAUGUUGUGUUGUGUGUUGUGAUUCGAUAAAUCGUAUGAAAUUUUCAUGUUUUAAUACCAUAAUUGAAAUGAUGAUCUGAAGUCGAGUGUUAGAUAUUGCUAUAAGUUGAGAAUUCGUCAUUAUUUGUUGUAUUUCAAUUGAUUUAUAAUUCACCGUUCAUAGUUGAAUUUGCAAUUUCAAUACACAUCAAAAUGAUAUACACGUUCAAGGAUAGUCGUGGCCACGAGUAUGCCGUCGAUAUGGACGAUAAGAGAUUCCGGAUAAAACCUUAUCAACAAAUGUUGUCAUCAUGCACCGGUGCACUAUUAACCUCCAUUUUAAUGACACCGUUGGAUGUGGUAAAGACAAGGCUUCAAACGCAACAAAAGCGAAUGGCAUCGAAUAGAUGCUAUAUGUACUGCAACGGUUUAAUGGAUCAUCUAUGCCCUUGUCCGAACGGUGGACUAAAAUCACUGAAAACACAAUCAACACACUAUACCGGCAUGAUUGAUGCAUUCUACAAAAUAAGCAGGCAUGAAGGAGCAAGGUCUUUGUGGUCUGGCCUCUCGCCAACAUUGGUUCUAGCACUGCCGGCAACUAUUUGCUAUUUUGUAUCCUACGAAGCAACGAGAUUGUACAUGAAAGAUUUUUACCUUAAGCUGAAUCCUGAGCAAACCGAACAACCAUUUUCCGUACCGCUAUUGGCUGGGAUGGCAGCACGUGUGUUCUCCGUAUCUGUAGUAAGCCCAUUAGAACUAAUAAGAACUAAAAUGCAAUCGCAGAGGCUUAAUUAUUACGAUGUAGGAAAAGCGUUGAAGGCAAUGAUUGAAGUGGAGGGUGUUUUUGGUUUAUGGCGUGGCUUGGGACCAACGGUUUUACGAGAUGUUCCAUUUUCUGGUGUUUACUGGGCCAUCUAUGAGUCGCUUAAAGCUCAAAAUGACGUUACGGUGCCCACAUGUUGGUUCAGUCUGUUCGGCGGCGCAACAUCAGGCAGCAUCGCAGCAUUUUUAACGGCCCCAUUUGAUGUUGUAAAAACACACAAACAAAUUGAAUUUGGAGAAAAGGUCUUAUAUGCUGAUCAACCGGUAAAAUCCCUGCCAAAAGUCGGAACAAUCGCAAUUUUACGUAAAAUUCUCCACGAGAAUGGAGUAAGAGGAAUUUUUGCCGGUGUCAUACCUCGUGUUGUAAAAGUAGCGCCCGCCUGUGCCAUCAUGAUUACUUCAUUCGAAUAUGGAAAGGCGUUCUUCUUUCGUCACAAUGUAGAUGAAUACAUCGAAAAGAAUGGAAAUUUAUGAUUUCUAAACCAAAUUAAAUAGUUAUUAAAUGAGUUGACCUAGAUUGAAUGGUGUGUGAAUGACGAGUUGAGAAUUUGUUGUAGACAUAAUUGUACAGGUUGAAAUAAGAAAAUACAAUGAAAUCACAUUAAAAAGUAAAA